UGUUAUCGUCUUUAACAUGUGUAAUGUGUAGAUAGUUGUAGAUGAGAGAUGACUUGAUUCGUCAAUUGUCACUUAAUUUUUUAGUUUCUACUUAUAACUUGUACCUAAUUAGUAAUUACUAUACAUCACGAACUAAGUUUAUUAUAGUUUGAUGAUCUUCACUCAUCAGUGAACAAACUACAAACAUAUUCACUGUGUAAUGGAUAUUUAUUGUAUUUAAUUACAUGAUUACAAUAAUACAAUCAUAAUAUAUUAUACAAUUUGAAUUACUUAUUAAAACAGUUAUAAUAUUGUAUAACUAUGGCUUUUCGAAUUUUAUCAAAAUUUCGUAUAUUCCAAAAUAUUUCAAACACAACAUUACAUACUAAUAUAAGAUCAAACAGUAUUCAUAUUUCAACUGUUCAUCGUAGUCUAAUGGAAUUUUUUGAUGAUAAAAAAAAUUGGGCUGCUGAAAAUAUAAAAGUUGGGAGACCAUGGACUAAAGAUGAAUUACGCAUUAAAAGCAAUCAAGAUUUACAUAAACUUUGGUAUGUGUUAUUGAAAGAACGUAACAUGUUGUUAACAAUGGAACAUGAAUGUAAAGCUCAAAUUGAAUUAUUCCCAAAUCCAGAACGUAUUGAUAAGGUUGAAGAAAGUAUGAAUAAUUUAGAAACUGUUGUGCGUGAACGUAAUGAAGCUUAUUACAAAUUGGAAGUUGGAGAAUCUGCAGAAAGACCUGGACAAUUAGUUACUAAUUUACUGGGAUUGAACUUUUUUUAUCGUAAAUUUGAACAUUUAAUUCCAAAAUUUUUGAAUAAAAAAUGGAGAAAUAAACAUACAUUUAAUAUUGUUAAUGGAAACAUUGAGAAAUUCCAAAGGUUAUAUAGAGAAAAAUUACAUAACGCCAAUAGAAAAAGUAGAAAUCGUGAUCGUAACCAUGUGAUGCAUCUGAUGAAACGAUAUCCAAAUUUGGACAUGGAUGCUGUCAAACAACAAUAUCCUUCAGUAGACAUUGAAAAAAUAAAAAACUAUCAUAAAGUUCGAGGACAUUAUGUACCUUAAAACGUAUAACUAAAAAUGUAUUUUAUAACUUGAAAAUGUUAACUAAGUAAAUAAAGUAAUCAAAUUGUGUGUGUUCACUUGCAACAUGCAUUUUUAUUAUAAAUUAUAGAUUCUUUGAAUAAGAAUAGAUAGAUAGUAGCUACAUAUACAUAUAUAAAAAUUAUGAAAUACCAUUGUUCAUAUUUGUUUACUAACUUUUAAUUACUUUUUUUUAUACUCUGACACUGUCCAGUGAGAGAAUUCACCGAUUCAGCGCAUUCUCCCACACCACCCUACUAUCGAAACCGGUUACCCUAUACCCUAUGGCAGGGUGUUGUUUGGGGAUGUGCAGAAAACCCAAUUUGCAUAUUCUAGUGGAGCACAAUAUAUUUUUAUAAUAAUAAUAUCUGAUCAAAGUAUUUUUACUAGUUGUUAAAAUAUGAAUAAUAAAUUGAAAAUUAUGUAUGGAA